CUUGGCGGUGCGGCCUUCCCCGCCCCCCUUCUCUUCCCCCGCCCGCUUCCGUCCGGCUUAUUAUCCUCCGUAUUGACAAACAGAGCGGCCGCAGCGGCGACUCUGGGCGUGCGUUAGUAGCCGAGCGAUGGGAGACAAGAAGAGCCCCACCAGGCCGAAGCGGCAGCCGAAGCCGUCCUCGGAUGAGGGUUACUGGGACUGUAGCGUCUGCACCUUCCGGAACAGCGCCGAGGCCUUCAAGUGCAUGAUGUGCGAUGUGCGGAAGGGCACCUCCACCCGAGAAGAAAAACCUGGAUCACUUACCAGUAACUGGAGUUCUCCUAUUGGGUAAUCUCCACAGAUCCACAUUCUUUGAAGUUAUUGUGAAUGCUUCGAGGACCAAGGAACGGUUGAAAUUUCCAAUUUCAGGAAGGAAACCUCGACCUGUCUCCCAGUUGGUUGCACAGCAGGUUACUCAGCAGUUUGUGCCCCCUACACAGUCAAAGAAAGAGAAAAAAGAUAAAGUAGAAAAAGAAAAAAGUGAAAAGGAAACAACUAGCAAAAAGAACAGUCAUAAGAAAACCAGGCCAAGAUUGAAAAAUGUGGAUCGGAGUAGUGCUCAGCAUUUGGAAGUUACCGUUGGAGAUCUAACAGUCAUUAUUACAGACUUUAAGGAGAAAACAAAGUCCCCGCCUGCAUCUAGUGCUGCUUCUGCAGAUCAACAUAGUCAGAGUGGCUCUAGCUCUGAUAACACAGAGAGGGGAAUGUCCAGGUCAUCUUCACCCAGAGGAGAAGCCUCAUCAUUGAAUGGAGAAUCUCAUUAAAAUUUAUUUUCUCCAAUUUCUUAUCUUAGUCACUUCUGUCCUACCAUGCAAAUACACAGAUUAUGCCAAGAAAUACCACAUUUUCAUGACAAACACAUUUGUGCACAAUCCAUAAUUUGAGUUUUACAUAAGAUUAAAAUUUUGUCAGAAUUUGUUAGAUUUUACGGUAAUCUAUGCCUACCAAACAUUUCCUGACCUAACAUUUUGGUCUCUGCGGUUAUGUGCCAUGAAAAUGUGGUUGAAUUAUCAUUAUGCAGUGUUAUUGGUAAGUCUAUUUUCACUUUUAGUUUAGUGAAUUCUAACACAUGAUUCUUGAAUUCUCUACUAUUGGCAUGUAACAAGUUUAAAUUUUUAUAACAUAGUGCAAGCUGCCUAAAUAUGUAAUAUUUGAGAAUUGUGAAACAAAUAGUUAUAUGUAUACAAGUCAAAGAUCAACUUAAUCAACUAUUGCUGCAACAGGAUUUUCUUAAUGGUUAUCCUCUUAAAUACACCUGCUGGUACUUGGUGUGGUUAAAUAGGAAAGUUGUUAUUAAAUAAAGAAUUUGUUAUGAACCUUUGCCAAUGUUUUGACACCUUUUACUAAAUUAUUGUUUCUGAAUUAUGCUUCUGGUUUUAUCCAUUUUUGUUUGCUUAUUUUUCAAAACAUUCAUUUAUUGUAAUGUUUACUAGCAGACUAGUAAACAAUAAAACAUUGAUUAUUUAGCUUUAUAAUUCAGGUUUGGUGAUAUUGUCAUUGAACACUGGUAUUUUCUGUAUAAUAUAAAACAUUAAAAUUCAAAUAACUAUAUAAAACAUUAAAAUUCAUUGGGCAAAAACAGAAAAGAAACUUGCCAUAUUUUAAAAGUUGCAAUUUUGGAAAAGCUUUAACUUAAUCAUAGUUUUAUCACUGUUUCCUUGUCCCAAACUUAUUCAGGGUUAUAGAUAUAUGAAUCUAAUUAACACAGAAAUUGGAACUAUUGCACAGAACUGGGAAAUAACUAAUCUUAUAUCAGUUUAAUUGGCUUCUUAUUAAAUAUGACAGUUCUUAUGAAAAUCAUAUUACCCUAUUUUCAGAUACAACUGCCAAUUUAUGCAUUUAUCAAUAUCCUGAAAUUUAAAAAGUAUUUACAGCCCCACUCAUUAUUAUGUACAAUUACCAAUAAAAUAUUUUUAUGACUACAGAUUUUGCAUUUUGUUUACAACUAAUAAAGUGUUUUAUGUUGUAUUUUGAAAUCCAACUUAGAAACCACAUAUACUUAAAUUCUCCUAGGGUCUCCUGCUUUCUCUAACCAUUUGCUUAGUAUACAUCCACUUAUAGGAGACUUUUGAAAUGUAAAUCAACUUAAAAACAUAACUUGGGUACAAAAUAUCACAUUAAAAACAUGAUAACAUAUGGAGAAAAAAAAUGUAGACCCUGACAGUUGUGAUAUUUGGUGGUUUCUUGUGGUAAUGUAAUUUUCUGUUUAAUGCAGUACUUUAUCCAGGCACAAUGGUACUGUCUUUUUGUAAGAUGCUAGUUGUGAAAUACAGCUAAUUGCAUACAGUAAAGUCUGUGAUUAAAACAUUCAUAUACCUCAUUCUUCAGUGUUGUUAAAUGAAACAAUUUGUGCUUUUAUUAUAAGAUACUUUGAAUGGAAUACCAACUAAGUGGUUAUGUUCUUUUAAAACAAGAUAUUUUGUCUUAUCCUGUUUUUCAUAGUUCAGAUGUUUUAUGUAUUCAUUUUGGGGAUAGUAAAAAUUAAAAACAUAGGGCAAAUAUUCUAGUUUUUAAGUCAAAAUUAUGCUUUUAAAGCACUGCAUCUUAUUAAAUACUUUCAGGAUAUAUUUUAAGUAAACUGCAAGAAAGAAAAAUUUGACAGAGAUGGGAUUUUACCUGAGUAGGACAUAAAUGUGAAGACACCGUGGCAUGGAGCUUGAGUGCUAAUUGAUGUUUGGUAUCUGAAUCCCUGUUGAAGAACUUAAGUUAGUUUUAUUGAGUAAAUUACUGAAGCUCAUCUCCCAUCUAUAAAAGAGGGGGAUAUAUGAUCAUAUUUAACUCAGGUUUGUUAAGAGGUCAAAUGUCAAUCCAUGUAUGAUUCUUAACAAUUACCUGACACGUUUUGGUUGCUUAGUAAGUGUGAGCCUUUACUAUCAUUGUAGGUAAAAUCCCAUUUCAAAAACACAAAAAUGUUUUUUGUAACAAAAAUUCUUCCUGUGCCCUCUUGGAUGACCUAAGGGAAUAGUGUUCUAUAGGUGACACUAAAUUUUCAAUGUAACCUCAGAUGUUUGUUCCCAGAAAGAGACCAUCUUUCCAUAAUUAAAGAACCUGAUGGUAUACACUAUAGAGAAAUGAAUUAAGAUACCUAGUUUGAACUUUUGUUUUCCUUUCAUUAAUCACAAUCAUCUAUACCUGCCUUCAUUUCAUUCUACCUCAGCUAUAUUUCCACACCGGAAAACAUGCAGAUUCCUUAAACACUUGUACCUAAUGUUAAAAUAUGCAAAAAGAUUUCAGAGCCUGGGAUUUAGGAUCUAUUUUUAGCUCUGUUUAAUGAAUUUACAAUGUGGGUUUUUUUUAAUCAAAUUCUAUACAAAAAGAAUUUGGAGCUGGGUGGGAAUGUAGCUCAGUAGCAGAGCAUUUAUCUAUGAUUUGCAAGACUCUAGGUUUAAUCCUAGCACAACAAAACAAAUAACAAAAGGCAGUAACAAAAAAUUUUUGGUAUUUUUACCUUGCUUUCAUGUAAGAAAGAGUGAAGGUGUACUUUGAGGCACACAAGAAUAUAUAAUCUUAAAACCUUUUGUAUUAUGUAACAGAAAUAGUGGACUUAAUAACUUAAAAGUUUAAUUUUUUAUUAAAUGUUUUCCUAAAAUUAUAGUGAUAAUAAUAUACAAGGUGAAAACUUUAAAAGGGGGGCGGCAACCCUCAGUAUAAGUCAAUAGCAUAUAUGUUAACUUUCUUUUAGAUACAUAUCUUUGUUGCCUAAAAGAAUGUGGUUUUGGCAUAUGCAUUAAUGGUAAAUGGUCUAGAAGUUUUAAGUUUCCACUGGGGCCCUUAAUUUAAUUUGUUCGUCUGCAGUUAUCUAUUUUUUGGAGUCUCUGAAGGACCUCAUGUUGGAAUUAGGCCAUAUAUAGUAAGCCAUUCAUAGACAUUUCUGUACUGUACUUUGAAGAUUAAGUGAAAAGAGAAGAUGUGUAAAGAGAAGAUAACAGUAAAAUAAGGACUUGAUUUCUUAGCACUCACCACUUCCACUUCACUCCCAGUUACCUUCAGUUGGCUGGAACAACACAUGCAGAAAAAUAGAAGUGCAGAAAAGUCAUCAGUGACAAAAAUAUUUGAGCAGAAUCAAAAGACAAGGUUAUAGAACACAGAAUGUGACUUAUCAUUUUUGAAAGCAGAAGGAAAAUCAUGUCUUCUCUGACUACUGAACAGGUGAUGAAGAAUAACCCUCACUGAUAUCAAGGGCACGAAAGGAUAGGAGUGGAAGAAACUGAAGGAAGAGAAAGGGGAAAAGAAAGCAGAAACAGUGGCAGUGAGCAGAAGGAUGCACUCUAGGUAAUAGGAGAAUCACUGAGAAGGGAGAGAGAACAAAUAACUUACAGCAUGUCAAUAUUUGAGGACAUUUUAAAGACGAGUCAUCUUCAUGUCAGCGUUUCAGUUGUAUUUUGUAGAAUGUUUACAGCAAUGUGUGUGAUACUUUAGAAGGAUUUUCAUCAAAACCAGUUCUCUUCAAGAAGCUGUCAUAGAAAAAAGUUUUCACUGACUUACAUAGCUCCCUAAAUAGACAUCCCCAAUAGCCCAGAUCAGUUAAGUAUGUUUUUAAUGUAUUAGUUAGGCUUUGUGUUUAGUCAGUCCAGAUAUUUCUGGGACCAGUUCUGGAUAAUAUAAAAUACUAUGAAAGGACCACAUACUUCAGUGGAAAAAUCAGAACUCUGGAGCAUCACUCUGGAACAUUUCACACUCUGAAUCUUUUUUUGUUUCCCUUUAGUGGGAGUAGUAGGGUGUAAUUUACUGUUGUAAUACUUUAAGUAUUUUCCUGAUUUAGGGUUUCUUUUUACAUAAGUAUUAUUUAAUUCAGUGAACAUUUAAGGAGUAUAUUUUUGGUGCUAGGCAUUGUCCUAGGGGUUAGUUACCAAAAGUACAGAUGUGGAACUCAUCUUAGAAAUCUAAUUACAGUGAUACUACUGCAACAAUAAAAACAUGUAUAAGAUACAGAAAUAGAGGAGCUUGCCACCUCUUUGUUUCCAGAAAAUCCACCCAAGCCUAAGUAUCCACUGCAAGUCCACAUUGAAAAUAUUAGGACUUCUUUGAUGUUUACAGCUGAUAAUUACUGGAUAUAGCCAUUAGUUUUAGUGAGUCACUAUUUUAUUACUCCAGCUGGAAUUUUCAAAAGCUUAAGAUUUUAAGCUCUGUAAUUUGAGAUAACUCAUCAUUUUCCUCUUUUUUAUUGAGACAGUUAAAUUCCUUUUUGUGAAGAUGUUCAAGAAACAUUGCUUUGUCCAAAUGAAGAAUUCUAUUUUUUAAAAAAAAUUUUUGUGUGUGGUGCUGGAGAUCAAACCGAGGGCCUUGUGCAUGUGGGGCCAGCACUCUACCAACUGAGCUAUAUCCCCAGCCCCCCAAAUGAGGAAUUUUAUUCAGACCCAUUUCAGGAAAAACCUUACCUCACCUAAGAAACCAAUUUGCUCUUUCCUUCCAGACAAUGCAGAUCACCAGUUGAUUGUCUUCAGUUUUUUCUGUAGUUGUGAGAAAUUUCAGAUUAAAAUUGGACUUAAUUUGAAUAAUUUAUGUAGGACCUAGGGCCUGCCUCUCUGUAACUUCUUAUUUUUGAUUUUCUAUUUUUUUCCAGAUUCUUUUUUCCUUCUGUUUUGAUAAACUAUUUAAACUCUGUUGUAUAAGGCUGAGUAGUAGUGAUUUUUAAAAAUUACUUUGUUUCAGGGUAUGAUGAUAAGCCCCAAGGGAAUCUUAGGGAUAAGGAUCCAUUGAAAGAGAUGCCUCCCCAACUGAAAUUCUUGAGGAAUGGGAAACAAUACUAAUUAUUUUUUUGUUUUUUCCUUUGGUAUUGAGGAUUGAAUCCCAGGGGCCACUGAGCUACAUCCUCAACCCUUUCUUUGUUUCUUAUUUAUUUUUUUAAUUUUGAUUAAAUUGCUUGGGGUCUCACAAAGUUACUGAGGCUGGCUUUCGUUAGGUUCAUGUAGGUUUUCAUUAUCCUCUUUUAGUUCAUAGUAAUUAAUAGUAACAGUGAAAUUGUCCUGUGUUUUGUUUUGAAGUAAGAAUGUGAAUAAUUGGAAAACUGUGAAACUAGCCUGGGAGAUGACAACUCUUAAAGGACAAAACAAAAUGGUGAUGAACGUACCUUUAUAAAAGGAAGUAGAGCCGGGUGUGGUGGUGCACGCCUGUAAUCCCAGUCGCUUGGGAGACUGAGACGGGAGGAUGGUGUUCAAAGCCAGCCUCAGCAACUGAGAUCCUAUCUCUAAAUAAAAUACAAAAUAGGGCCCGGAAUGUGACUCAGUAGUUGAGUGCCCCUGAGUUCAAUCCUUGGUACACCCAUCCCCACCAAAAAAGGAAGUCAGCUGAAUUCCCAAAAGAACAGAACAGAAUGACUUAACCUCAGACUUGAAAGGUAAUUUUGGUCUUUAAUAGAACAUAAAAAAGUCAUUAAGUUUUUAGCACAGAAUAAGAUGAAAGUUUAAGGGAACACUUUUAAUUAGAGGCAGAAAAUCAUUUUUUUACUUUAUUAAAAUAUAGAAAUUUAUAAAUAAGCCAAAUAUAACAGGAACACCUAGUGAUGCAAUUUAUAGAAAAGAAUAUGAGGUGAUAACAAGAAUUCUGAAUUCAGUUUUUGGCUAAGCACUGAACUUUUGGAAGGAUGAAUCACAAUUCUUUAUUAUUUUGAGCCUUCAAUUUUGAGGAAUCUGGUCAGAAAAACUUGGUUAACUGGUCCUUAACAUUGUAAUUAUGAACCUUGAUUGGUGACAGGUUUUGUAGGAUUUGCACUUUGGUGUUUAUUUUUUAUUUUUGGUGGUACUGGGGAUUGAACUGGGCCUUAGAUAUACUAGGCAAGUGCUCUAUCCACUGAAUUACAUCCCCAUCCCUUUUUAUUUUUUGAGACAGGGGCUUGUUAAAUUGCCCAAAAUGGCCUUGAAUUUUUGAUGCUUGUAAUUCCUAGUAGUUGAGAUCAUAGGUAUGUACCACAGUGCCCGACUGGGUAUUUUAAUUAAAAAAAAAAUCUUGGGAAAAGUAAUAAUAGAUUAUAGGGCUGGGAUGUAGUCCAGAGGUAGAGCACUUGCAUAGCAUGUGCAAGGCCCUGGGUUUAAUCCUCAGCCCAGCAGAGAAAGAUUAUUAUGAUCUAUUGUAUAAAUGGAAAUGGAAGAAUCCUGAAGAAAUCAGGGAGAAAUAAAGGUCCAUAGGUUAUUCAUUGUUCGAUUUUCCACCUGACUUCCCUCCCACCCCCUUUCCCUAGCUGAAAAAGCCAGCUACUUUCUCAGGUCAGGAGCAUAAAGUGUCCCCUUUCCUUUGAUUUCUGUCACCUCUCUAAUAUUGCAGCUGAUAGCUCAGUGUUUUGAGAAUGAAGAGAAUUCCUUUACCCUUUCAUCCAACCCCCGACACCACUCUUUCCCCAGGUUUACUGGUCUGAAUAAACUUUUAAAAUGAAAUACUUUUUGUUUGAACUAACAGCAUUAUUUUCCAACUUUUCCUCCAGUCCAACAAGGUCUAUAGGAGUUGGACUAUGGAAAAUGGAGAAAUAUAAGCCAACUACAGGUGAGAAUAAAUUUUGAUUUUAGUCUGAGUUUCUGAUUCUUUGUGCUCAGCAACUAACAUGAUGCAUAUUUCUUUUCUUUUAGAAUGGGGAUUGAACCUAGUGGUGCUUAACCACUGAGAAACAUCCCCAGUCCUUUUUAUUUUAUUUUGAGACAGGGCCUCACUAAGUUGCUGAGGCUGACUUUAAACUUUUAAUCCUUCUGCCUCAGCCUCCAGAGUUUCUGGGAUUACAGGCAUGAGUCACCUCUCCUAGCUAAUGUGACACAUAUUUCUGAUUGUAAAGUUCCUUUUAGUCUUUAAGACUAGUCAAUGAGAUUUUCAUAUAACAUCCUCUUUCUGUUUCCACUUCUAAUUGGCAUAAUUUGAUAUAGCGAUUAUUUCUUCAUCAUGAAAUGACAUAGUAAAAUGGAAAAACAACAUGCAUCUUGGAUCUUCAAAAAUUUCAAAUUAUGGAUCUUCAUUAUUAACCAUGUGGUUAAGGAACCUCUCUGAAUUUGAGAUUGUUUCCUUAAAAAAAAGCAUCUCUUACUGGGUAUGUUAUAGGACUAAAUUAGAUGAUGCAGACAUUUACAAAAGCAGAAGUUAUAUUAAAAAGUCUUUUGAGUUUUACUCUAGGUACAGAAUUCAACGGUUUUCCCAUAGGAUGUCUUUUUUAUUUUAUUAUAUUUUUAAGAGUUAAUUCAAAGGUAGAAAUGAGAAAAUGCUGAGCAGGACCCCAAAUCUCUAGUGAUUUAGAGAAGACAUUUAAAAAAAAGAACCCCCACCCUUAACUGAAUGCCCAUUAUAUAUCUAAUAUAUAAUAGCUAUAAAAAAUUCAAGGUUAAUGUUUUAAAUUUAAGAUUUGAGGUAUUUGGUUUAAUCCUGAAUUAGAGAAUUUUCCAGACCAUGGAGAUCUGUUUCCUAAUUUGAACAACAAAUAUUGCUACUAUUAAAUUCCAUUUCCUUCACUUAAAUCUUCUCUUUUUGGUAGGAUGAAGGAAGAUCAACAAGGAUAAAAAAGUUGGAUCUAGCCAGCCUGUGAUUAGAGAAUUAAGAGAUGAUCUUAAUUCUUUUUUGGGGGGUGGUGGUGGUGGUAAUUGAGGAUUGAACUCAGGGGCACUAUACCACUGAGCUAUAUCCCUACCCCUUUUUAUUUUUUAUUUUGAAAUAGAUCUUAGUUACCAAGGCUGACCUUGAACCUUCAAUCCUCCUGCCUUAGCCUCUUGAGUAAGUGGGAUUACAGGUGUGUACCACUGAGUCCAGCAACAGAAUGGUUUUAAAGAUAAAAAAUAGACUUAGGAAUACAUACACUCAAUACUUAAAAUUAAUUUUAUGAAUCCAGACAUACAAUUUGUGACUUCUGGAAAUGAUCAGAAUCUGGGACACCAGCCUGCACCUCACUCCUUACACUACAAAAAAACCAGAUGAACUAAUAUGUGGGUGAAUAGAUCAUUUCUAGAUAGAUAGAUCAUUUCUAGAUAGAAUGCCCUAUGUACCCUUUCUUCAAAAUUUCUUUUAUAAUUGCAGGAUUAAAGGGAACCUAAAGGAUGAUAUGGUCCAGAACUCUGAUGUGAAGUAAAUGAAUGAUUAUUCUUUUGGAUAUGCUCUUUCCACAAAUUGUUGCAGAAAUUAAAACUUCCUGGCCUUCCUUUGUGCCAUUACAGUAUUUUAAUCUGGGUGCAUGGGAGUACAAAAGUUGUUCUUAAUUUUUGAUUAUAAGGUAGUUUCUUUACUGGAAUAGAGAACAAUUGCAGUUUGCAUCUUUUAAACAUUCUUUGAGUACUCUUACUCUAAUUUCUUGGUAUAUCCUCAACUCCAUAAAUUUUUCAUUCUUAUCAAUGCUUUUAUUACUAUUCUCUGUACUUCAUUAAGUUUAUCUUCAUUUCUCUAAGAAUUGUAAGGUAUAGUGGAAAGAUUUAUUAUUAUUGUUUUAACCAACUUGUCUCCCCUCUGAGGGAAGUACACUCCUUUAUUUCUGAAUACUGUGCAUCUGAGCCCCUUGUCUGGCAUGAAGAAAAUAUUCAAUAAAUGUUUAUUGAAUGAACAAA